GGCUGCCAGUACCCAAGACUUUGCCUAACAGUGGUUUCGCUGCUUCUAUCUAUGCAAACGCUGUUCUUUCCCGAGUGCCUACCUGGCCUUAGCUUCUACCUAAAGUAUAACUAGAUUAACUACGGUCCUGCAUUCUGGAUAUCCGCGCUGUCAGAAUACAAUUUUGUACUGAAUUCUUGAUAGCUAAUAUGAAUGUAUCACAGCCUGACAAAUGGGUGCCAGACGAUGACAUACAGCUACCGAGUGCGUUAGAGGUGGUCGAGGUCUUGAGGCUCCUUAUCGCGGCGGAUGUCUUUCCACGAGGGGGUCUGUAUAGUGGGUACUACGGCUUGACGGCAGCGCUUCGUUACGAAUACAUCUGGCUGAAAGUCUUAAAAGACCACGGUUCGUCUACGCCACCGCCGCUCGAUGUCGCCCUGGCCUGGUUCAUCCACAGGCAGUUCCCAGUCAACUACCAGCAGGUCACCGCCCGCCGCUGCGGCCGGGUGCUGCACCCCGCGGACGGCACCCAGGCCUUCGCCUUCAGCAGCCAGCCCUCCGAGCCCUGGCGCAAGGUGGCGGGCCCACCACCCGCCUGGCCACCGCCCGCACCCGGCUCCGAACACGACCCCACACCCAUCCUAGGCAGGAGGAGGCCCAUGGUGGCCGUACAGCUGGCUGAGGCCAUGUCCCGAUGCUCCUGGCUGCUGCACUCCUGGCUGCGGCCGCACUACCUGGAUGCGGCCUUUCUGCAGCGGGCAACAAAGAGGUACCUCCGCUUCCUGCGGCUGCAUGCCGCCCACCCCGACUCGCUGCUGGUGCCCGCAGCCGACAUGGCGCUCAUAUGGCACACGCACCUGGGGCUGAGCGGCAGGUACGAACACACAUGCAGGCAGCUCUUCGGGCGGGGAAGGCAGGAGGCGGGCAAGGAAAAGGAGACUGCGACGUCCCCAACCCCAGAUGCUGGGGGUGGUGGUACGGAGGCGGAGGCGGCGGAGGGAUACUGCUGGCGGCCGGCCUACUUGGAUCUGGACCGGCAGCUGCUGGAGGAGGCGUACGGCAGUACGGCAAGACUGUAUCAGGAGGUGUACGGCGAGCCCUUCGCGGACGCCUACACCGGCUGGAUCCCCGAGUCUGACCCGCACCCCCUCACAACCCCCGACAUCAGCCCCCUCGCCUUCACCCUCCGUGCCUUCGACGAGGAGCCCGGAGCCGCCGCCUCCGCCGCCACCGCCGCUGCCCUGGCUGCAGUGGAUCGCCAACUCACG